AUGAGACAUAAAAUUAUACAUAAUAUUGUUGAUGGUAGGAAAGCCAACUUAUGGAUUUUUUGGAAUAACUCAAUAAAUGCCUCUAUAGUGAUUCAUUCUUCUAGACAAAGUAUUACAGUUGAAGUGGGGGGUGUCUUGGUAACUGGAGUUCAUGCUGAUGUCUUAUGUAUCAACAGAAGAGAUUUAUGGGCUGAAUUAGCUCCUUUCAGUACUUCAAACAAACCUUGGAUAAUUUUGGGUGAUUUUAAUACUAUUUCUAGUUUAGAUGAAAAAAAGGGUGGCAGAGUUCCUCUUAAUUCUUCUGUUGCAAAGUUUAAUGAAUGUAUUGAUAAUUGUGAACUUUUACAUGCUGCAAAAACUGGACUUCAGAUUUCUUGGUCAAAUGGUUUCUUACAAGUUUUAAUUGAUGCAUGGAUUUUCAUGUCCAAAUUAAAACACUUGAAAAGUAUUCUAAAAAAGUGGAAUUGGGAGAUAUUUGGAAAUGUUCAGGUUACUCUAAGUGAAGCUGAGAAGAAGGUUACUGAAACAAAUAUACUUUUUGAUGCAGAUCCUCAAAAUUUAGAACUUCUAAAUGACUAUGUCACCGCUAGGGGUGUAAGAGAUAUAGCAGCUCAGAAUUAUCAUACUAUGCUAUGUCAGAAAGCAAGGAUUAACUGGUUUCACACUUCCAUAAGGUUGAGACAAACUAGAAAUGCCAUUGCUGAGUUGGAGGAUGCUUCAGGUACUUUGAUAACUAAUAAAAAUGAGAUUGCUUCUAAUCUUAUCAGCUAUUUUUCAGACAAAUUCAAAGAGCAACCAGUAGAAAUUUCUGACACUAUAUUAAAUGCUACUCCCCAAGUUAUUAAUGAUGAUGAUAAUGCUCUAUUGGAAUGCAUCCCUUCUGGAGAGGAAAUUAAAAAUGCAGUCUUUGAAUUAAAUUAA